AUGUUUGAAGAUAAGUCGCAAAUUAGUAAUACUAACGAAUGGUAUCAAAAAGUACAAAUAUGUCGGCGUGUACCGCCACGACGUGUACAGCUUGACGGAUGUAAUAAACCGGAAUGCUACGCGUUAUCGUUACGAAAUGCACGAUUGCCUAGUUUAAAAAUGGAUAUGUUAUAUCGCAUUCAUGCAUAUUUCUAUGAUAAACGGCAAAAAUAUUACUUCGGGAAACCGUUUUGUGGUAGAUGGUGCCGUCCCACUUCUGAUUUUGUCCCUUUUACUGAGGUAAUCUUCUUCUGGUGUUCCUUUACCGAUAAUAUCGAUAUUAUUCUGGAAGUGGUUGAGGGAGAGCAGAGAGGACAAAAUUGUAGUCGUUUAUAUACAGCAGGAUGGACUUCACUAUCAUUGGAAAGCACCGAAAAUUCGACUGCCUUCCGCAGACUUCCACUAUACCCGGGAUCUCCGAAAGCGUUGUUUUUUAUGGAUUCUGAGGUGGAAAUGACAGAUCUUCUCGGAAAGAUAAAUAUCGGUGUAGAAAUUUGUUUGCAAACACAUCAAGAAAUGUAUAAUGUAUUGGACUAUAUUCCUGAUUGGUACAUAUUUGAUCAAUGGGAAGAUAUUCCUGGGUUACGAAGAAGUAAAUCUCAGGCCAUUCAUCCGGAAGCGUUGAAAAGUCGAACAUCCAUUUUAAGAAAAAUAAAUGUUUCAUUCGGCAUGGAUGUCUACAAAUUUGAACAAGUUCUACUUCAUUUAAUGAACAAUGACAGGCUUUAUCGAGCAAACAGAUCACCUGCAGAUAUUAAUAUUAAGAUGAUGGAAGUUUUAGAAAGAAGAAUUACAAUUGGGAUGCAUAACGGUUUAUGCUAUGUGGAGAAACCGCAAUGUCUACAUCUUACUUCAUCCGAAAAUCAAAUUUGCAGCACCUUGGAAAUGAGACGAUUACAGUCGCAAAGUCUGUGCAUGAAUGGAAGUGUAAUCUUAAAUAGAAUGAUUACAGAUCCUCGUUUCGCUGUUGUCUUUUCACUGGAUUAUCUUGUCGGAGUUCAUUCGUGUGAUAGGACAGUACAUUCAUCACAGUCAGUGAUGAUCUGUUGGGGUGCUUGGUGUCCUUUUGCUGUAGAUAUCAUACCGAAUGGUGAGAUUACUAUCCCUUUACUCGGAGGACCAUACGUCAAUCCAGAUGAACGUUUAGCAUUCAGAAGCUUAUUUGCUUUUCGCUCUGAUUUGUCCUUUUGUGAUCAGUUUCCAAGAAUUAAAAUUACAUUUAUAUGUUCAGGACUUGGAGAGAUUGAGUACCUGUUAAAUACUUCAACAUGCAUCAACAAUGAGUCUCAGACACAAGACUGGAAAAGACCAAAUAUGGAAACUGUUGGACUUCAACUUAAUUCAACUGAAACUGCUCAAAAUCCCGAAAAAAUGCUCGGAAAUAGGUACGGAAUGAAGUCAUCAUUGCUUUUAUCAUCGGAAGAAAAUUUUGGUGAAAAAAUUUCUUCCAGUGAAGAGCGAAAAUAUGACACUUGUACGAGCGUGAAAAUUUAUGGUUCACCAUUAGCGAGGAUAUCAAAUAUACCUCGUUCAUCUCUUGCUGUCCUCGCUGACAUUUCAUUCACUCCUAUAAAAGAUCGCAAUGGAAACAAACCGAAACUUGUGGACAUUGAGAACUUUCCGACUCCAGACAUUAAUAUUGAACUGAAUGAUAAAUUAAAUACGAAUGAAAUCGUCAUGCAGUUUAUGGCCAUUCAAAUCAGUGGAGGAGAUGUUGGUUCCAUCAAUAUACCAAGUGCAGUAUUCUUUACGAUGGAAUUUUAUCGCUUCCACACAGUUACAACUGAAAGGCUAUGGUUAGCAAAAACAACUCACCACGAACAGUUCUUUGUUUUGAAGCGCAGAGGAAAUAUUGAAGAGAUCUCUGUAGAAGACUGCAAUGGCUUCACUGUAAGAUAUAUGGUCGAUGGGAACUCACUUCCAGAUGGAGACAAAGAAGAUUUUAUCAAUUAUCUUUCAAAUGGCUAUGCGAUUGUUGAUGUAUGGAAUGCUGAUUCUCUGUUACCUCUUGGCAAGUUGUAUAUUUCGCUAAAAUUCUUGCUGAGACAUGGAUCGGAGGCAGUACAGGCCGAUAUACAAAGUGUAGUAAUGCUCAGCAAUUUUCUCGAUCCAUCCAUUAUAACAUGUCAAGUAUUACUUCGAUUAACCAGUAUUGGCUAUCCAUGUUUUAAACAGAUAGAUUCAAUGCGAAAUCGAAUGAGCACAGUGGUAAGUCGACAAUUAACUCGAAUUGGUCAAGAUGAAAAUGAAUCGUACAAGAUUAGAGCUAAACCAUUGAAUCCAAUCCACGAAAAUUCUCUGCAACAUUUCUUGGCUGCUCAAAGAUUGGACAUAAAUCAGCGUUACAAUGAAAUUAUGGGCGGUACACCACUGGGGGCAAAAAACCAGAAUUCAGUGAUAAAGCCGCUCACGGGAUCAAUGAAGCGGUAUCUGUUUCAGCAAGAAUUGGAAGCCUAUAAAAAAUUGCGUGAUGAAGAUAAGGCAUCGAAGCUACUAAAAGUUGUUUUCAAAGCAAUAACUACAGAAUAUCGAAUUUAUCCAAAAUAUGGUCAAGUCAUAUUUUUCGAGCACAUGCUUCAAAAUACGGAAUCAAACCCAGUUGUAAUCGUUGUAGACACUGCCCAGAGCACAUUAAAACCACUUUUCGAUGUAGAUUUAUGGCAGUAUUACAAAAAUAUGUACAGAAUUGAAACUCCACUUGAAAAGGACCUAUAUCAAAUAUCAGGAGAAAAUGAACAAACUACCGAAGUGCAGAUUUUCCUGAAACCGAUGGAAACCAUAUUUGCACCAUUUAUUUACGAUGGAUUUACGCUGCCUCAAGAACAAAUCAGAGAUCAAGUUAAAAUAAUAUUUAAAAAGAAAAAUGGUGGUGAACCAAUAGCAAUCUUAGAUUUAUUGGUCGGAAAUCGUCGUAACAUAAUUUCUAAUUCAUUUCGUUUUUAUCACGAAGCGGAAACAACGCUAUCCAGGAUCAUUCACAUUACCGGAUAUAAAAGUCGUGUGUUUUCCAUCCGUUGUACAGAUCCUCUUGUACUAACCUCAUUUAAAAAUAACUGCGAUGGCUCUCAGGAUUUACAUUUUACGUGUCAAACAGGUAAAGCACCAAUAUUACGAACAUUCACAGUGAUCUUUUUUUCUGAUCAAUACUAUAGCAUUGUUUUGGGAGCAUGGUUAAUACACAUUCAUGCGGUGAAUCAAAUCAAUUUGAAUGCUGUUCGUGCACAGCUCAUCAAAGUUCCCAUCGUUUUAAAAACUGAAGAUAACUACGAUGGCUUAGUUCAUUUUGGAACCUCUUCAAAAAAUCUUGAGAUUCAUCCAUCAGAUGCAAUUGCAGCGCAACGUGAUGACACUUUGGAUGCUGUAGUUAAUUUUUUGCCAGAUAUCACAGGUUCUCGUAUGAUGCUAAUUUCGGCAACUGAUCAACGAACAAAUCACUUAUUGUAUCAGUGGAUGAUUGCAGUAAAUGUCCAAGAAGCCAAUAUCACUAAAAUAUUUGAAGUUUAUUUGCAAAGUAAAGGAAAUCAAACAAUUAUAUUAGCUAUAAGGAAUCAAUACAGCGUGGAACGCUUAUUUAGGAUUUCUUGUUCUCAUCCAGAAUGUGUCCGGAUUGAAAAUGAUAUCGUCAGGCUUUCUGGCUACAAAUCAAUUAACAUUUCCAUCACAUUCUUGCUAAACAAUGAAGUGAAAUUGCCUGAGGUACUUUUAUUUGUUACGAAUGCAGAAAAUAAUCUUCAGGAAGAAGCUUAUUCUCUGAAAUUGAUUUAUCAUGAUUAG